UCAGAAUGAACUAACAUAGCCCACUUUCUAACUUUUCAUUUGAGUUUUCUCACGAUCCAGAAAAGGUACAACACGACACGCUCUUCCACAACUUUUUGUCGACCCAGAUUUUCUGGCGGAUAAGCGACCAACUUGCUUUUGAAACAUUGUAGGUGGCGUCGUUUCGUGGAAAGGCGAAGUCAUACGCGGUAGACUAGUGUAUUUGUUCCUCUCCUAGGUUGAGAUACUGUCCGUGACAUUGGCCAACGCGCCUUUCUUGCCCCUUCUCUUGGGGUUUGUCGGUUAACCAGCGGAGCUGUAACGAUGGGGGAUGUAAUUUCCACUCACCUGGACGAAGGCAAGCGAGAGAUGAUUACCGCUCGUACCAGGCAGGUGAUGGGGGAGUUUGGCCAUGUGUACGAACAGCAGUAUGCAGUGGCCCUCUUCAACAGUGUCCGCUUUGAGAUCGAGGGGGGAGGAGGGCCCCAGUCACAACUCCUGCACCGCAAGAACGCUCUGGAGGACCGCUCCAUCUUUUCUGGGGGUCUGUUCCAGUACCUGGAGGAAAACAAGAGAUGGAGGAACCGCUUUGUCUUCGUGGCCGACACCUACAACAUCAGCUUCUACGAAAACAAAGUGGCUCACGAGAGGAGCUUGCACCCUAAAGGAACCAUCAACUGUGCUGGAUACAAAGCUCUAACUUCCAUGGAGGAGUAUCUUGAACUGAUCAACACCAGCCUGCCAGGCAUAAAGGCCAAGGUGGGCAGUGGUCCGUUUGUGAAGUGUGCCACCCAGUUCCCCCUGAUCCUGUGGCACCCGUAUGCCCGCCACCACUACUUCUGUGUGCUGACAGAGAAGGAGCAGAAGAAGUGGCACGCUGUGCUUCAGGACUGUGUCAGACACAGCAACAAUGGUCUGUCAGAGGAGUGCAGGGUGCAGACCCCGGCCUUCACAGAUGCGAUGCGACUCCACAGGCAGGCUCAGGGACACUACGGCACCUGGGACAUGAUGUGUGGAGGGCCACCACAGAUCCUAGCCAACCUAGUGAUGGAGACCCUCCAUCCAGAGUUGAGGAAUCUGAUUGGUCCUCGUCUAAAGGGGAAGAUACAACAGCGACAGAGGAACUGGAUGCUGAUCUCUGAGGCGGUGUAUAAGCAGGUGUUGUCUCAGACCCAGGCUCAGUAUGAGGCUUUAGUCCAGACCUGUGAGGUUCAGAUAUCCCGUCUAGACGCAGUGUUACGCACAGACAUGGACCAGAUAAUCACCUCCAAGGAACAUGUCAGCGGCAAGAUCCGCGCUCUGGUGUUGCCCAGGGCAGAGCAGCUCCUGCGGGGCAGCGUCCAGCCCUUCCUCAGCUCCAUCCUGGAGGCCCUGAUGGAGCCCACUAGCCGAGGCUUUUCCGAGGUCCGAGACGUCUUCUUCAGAGAGCUGGUGGAGGUCAGCAAGAACACGCUCAAUGGAGGGGGCAAGGACAAACUCGGGGAGCACAUGGAGAAGAUCUCUAUGCUGGCGUUCCACCCGGUGAAGAUGCAGAGCUGCUAUGAGAAGGUGGAGCAGCUGAAUCUGGAGGGACUGCAGCAGAGGUUUGAUGUGUCAAGCCCCUCCGUGUUCAUCCAAAGGGCUCAAAUCCUCAUGAGAGAGCAAAUGGACAAUGCUGUGUACACGUUUGAGCAUCUGCUCCACCAGAGUCUGGAGGGAAAGGUCCAGGGAGGAGAGGACCUGUGUAAGACCAUCCACUGCUGUCAAGACAGAGUGCUUAAGAAAUAUGACUAUGACAGUAGCACGGUGCGUAAGAAGUUCUUCAGAGAGGCUGUGCUACAGAUCAUCAUCCCCUACAUGCUGAAGCAGCUCUCUCCCUCCUUCCAUCUGGACCUCCCUCGCUUCCAGGAGCUGAUCUUUGAGGACUUCUCCCAGUUCAUCCUGGUGGAGAACGUGUUUGAGGAGGUGGUGCUGCAGUCUGUCACCAAGGACAUCAUGAUGGCUGUGAAAGAGGCAGCGGUCCAGAAGAAACACAACCUGUACAGAGACAGCAUGAUCCUAACCAACAGCGACCCCAACCUCCACCUGCUGGGGGAGAACCCCUCGGUAGACUGGGCCACCCAGUACAGUGGUGGGAAUGAGGAGCCUGAAGGGGCCCUGGGAGGAGGCGGCCAGUCCAGCAGGAGGCGUAGGCAAGUGGUCUCCAUGAUCCAGCUGGACGAGAUGGGUCCACUGCCCUACGAGUCAUGCCUGGAGGUGCCGGGGGUGGACUUCAUCCCCGAGGAGGGAGAGAUGGAGGAGGUCGAGGUUAAAGCUCAGGAGCCCAAGGAGCAAGAGACCCCCACGGAACCAGACCCCCCCAAGGAGCCUGGUUCUUCAGACAGCGUGCAGGAGAUCCGUUACCACAGCAAACCAGUGGUAGAGAUAAUGGUCUCAGCUUCAGAGGAGGACUUAGCUGUUCUCACCAAUGGGACAGGGACGCUGGAGGAUUGGAAGGAGGAGGAGGUGACACUCAUCACCACCGUGGUGGAGGAGAUGCACAGGAAGUCACCACAGUGGAUGAGCGCCCCACAGGAAGUGAACGAGCAGCUGGUAGAAACAGGAAGUCCAGACCAGGAAGCUGAGGGGGGGCUUCAGGAAAAGGGGGAGGCAGCUAUUGAAGGCAAGGGGGAGGAACACGAGGCGGCCAUCAAGAAUGCCAUACAGGAAAUAGAGAUAGCGGUACAGGAAGAGGAUGGAGAGAGGAUAACUGAGUGUGCCGUAGACUCUGACUCUGAGCCGGGAGACACUGCACUUCACAACGAGUGAGACCGGGGAGGACUUCACUGGGAAAACAGCAGAGGGCGAGACAGAAAUUGUAUAUAAGAUUUUAAAUGGGUUGGACAAGGGAGCAAAAACGUUUCAUUUUAGUCGGUGUUAACUGCUAAUUCCUGACCCCUCAGCAUUGUUUUUCUGGUUUAUAUUCCGUACAGUCACAUCUACAACAGUGGCCUAUUUAACUGUGACUUCCAACCUCAUCUGGAGUCAUGUUUGUUCAAGUUUAAUUUCUCUUCAUUUUACAUUUUAUUCCUCAAGCUUUUGUGUGUGACACUGAACCCCAGGUAUCUGCUGCAUUAUUCUUAGAUUGUGUGGUCACUAAGGAGUAAGGAAUUUAAAUAAUUUAAGUCAGAAUUGGAUAAGGGAUGUGGGGAGAAUUGUGGAUGCAAAAGAUACACAUUACACUACAGAGGCCUAUCUGCAAGGGCCCUAAGGAUAUGUUCACAGAGAUGCAUGACAUAGAUAGUUAUAACUCUAUGGUUCAUGGGCAGUCACACACCCACUGGUCAUUACAUGUCCUUUUAUUCAGCAGUAGGGGGCACUGUAGGCAGGCGGUUGACGCAAACAGUCUGGCAUGUCAUCCUACUGUAAUGGACAUUGUUGUGUAUAACAUAUCAUUAUAGAGAUGUAGCUGUCAUUGUAUUCAGGGUCUGGGAGCACUGCUUUUUAACAUGUUUUUACAUUGACUUAGCAACUUGUAUAAAACCAGUCAGACAUUUUGAAUAAGUGUAUGUUGAGCCUCCUUUUCAACCAUUAUCGUUUUAUUUUCACAAGUGGCUUUAUUGUUUCAACAUUAUCUUUUUACAGUGCAUGACUUCAGCAUGAAAUGGCACUUGCUUACUGACUUAUUUUCUAUGUAUGUUGGUCCAACCCUUUAGCGUGAGGGGAGCUGCUCAAAUGGUAGCAGUCACUACAGUCGUAUUAUAGAUGCUAGAGGUCCCAUGUCGGCUACAGUGCUACUGAAAUGCCACCGUCAUAAUUAUGCUUACAGCUGUUACUAAAGGGACUUUCUCUGCUGAUAACUUUUGACUGUGACGCAUCAGCAGAAUCUCAUUGAGAGAGAAUGCUCAGUCUGCGUGUGGGAGGUCUGGAUGACUGACGGUAGGCUAUGUACCUUGUCAUGAAGAGGCCUCUGUGUCAGUCUCUUCUGGCCAAACAAAGGGAAUCAUGGGAAAAUAACCAAGUAAUUUCCCCCACUCUUUUAAAUGAGGGAAAUCAAAUGUAUUAUUUUCUAAACUAUCAAUGCUAUGUUUAUGGACACUGUAUAUUUGAGGCACAUUGUUCUUAAAUCAGGCUUAAUCAGUUUGUAGCCUUGAGGAAAAUAUUUCCAUGUAACUCCAUGACUUAAAGGGUUACUUAGUUCACUCAAAGUGCCUCUGUUUCCUUCUUAUUUAUGACAAAUACUGUGUGGUGCUCAAUGCACCAGCCAUAUUCUUUAUUUUAUAUGUAAAGCUCCAUGCAAGAUAUUUUUAUUGAUUGUGUUUAGCUAUAUGUAUGACUGGGUAUAGUUGUAUGGAUAAAUAAGUUGAUUUUAUGGUUUUCCUAUUGAUCAUCUGUAUCUCUAUACUAAAAUGCAUUUUCAAAUCAAUUAGAUCAUAUUUGAUUUUCUGAAAAUUCUUAGUUGGUGGUAUUUUUAUAAUUAGAAUAAAAUGACACUAAAACAACAGUAA